UCUUUAUAUAAUCUGUGCAAAAGGUAUACGGUCAUCAAAAAUGGCAGACGUACCGAUCGAUUGUGAUUUCCCUGUUUGGGGUUUAUUGCCAAAAAAAGAAACAGGAGUCGCUUCAUUUUUAAAUAAAUACCCUAAUUACGAUGGCCGGAACACAGUUAUCGCAAUUCUCGAUUCUGGUGUCGAUCCAGCAGCGACAGGGCUUCAGGUGACUAGUACGGGAGAGACUAAAGUUAUAGAGAGAUUUGACUGCAGCGGUUGCGGCGAUGUGGACACAAGUACGGUAGUUCAUAAAGUUGUUGAUGGAUGUAUAACCGGCAGUACGGGGCGCAAGCUAAAAAUUCCAGAAUCAUGGAAAAAUCCAACAGGGGAAUGGAGAAUAGGUGUAGUGUAUCCAUUCAUCUUAUAUCCAACUAAAGUAAGGGAAAGAUUAAUUGAACAUCGUAAAGAACAUCUUUGGGAUGUCGGUUACAAACCAGCUCUCACCGAGGCUACAAAGCAGUUACAGGACUUCGAAGAUGAGACUUCGUCAAAGACAACACUUAGUUAUGAUGAAAAAAUGCAGAAAGAGGAAUUAGAAGCUAGAGUAGAAAUUUUAAAGGAGUAUGAGAAGAAAUACCUUGAUAUAGGACCUACUUAUGACUGUGUUCUAUUCCAUGACGGUACCUGUUGGAGAGCAUGUAUCGACACAUCGGAAAACGGUGAUUUGUCGACUGGUCCAUGUUUGGGAGAGUACAGUAUUACACACGAACAUUCGCACCUCACUCCUUUAGAUGAAAUGACAGUCAGCAUUAAUGUGCACGACGAAGGAAACACGCUCGAAAUUGUUGGGAUGUGCUCAACUCAUGGCACUCACGUAGCAGCGAUAGCAGCUGGCUAUUUCUCAAAUGAACCAGAUAAGAACGGUGUGGCUCCCGGAGCCAAGAUCAUCUCUCUCACUAUCGGAGACAGCCGUCUAGGUUCUAUGGAGACAGGGACUGCAUUAGUGAGGGCAUGUAUCAAGGUUAUGGAAUUAUCCAAAACGAUGAAAAUCGACGUCAUUAAUAUGAGUUACGGAGAACAUGCUCAUUGGUCCAAUGCUGGUCGCGUGGGGUCGGUGAUCAGUUCGGUGGUGAACCGCUACGGUGUGUCGUGGGUGGUGUCGGCCGGCAACCACGGGCCCGCGCUCGCCACCGUCGGCGCGCCGCCCGACAUCGCGCAACCCAUCCUCAUCGGCGUGGGCGCGUACGUGUCGGCGGAGAUGAUGCUGGCGGCGUACUCCAUGCGCGUGGCGAGCGCGCCGGGCGCCUUCAGCUGGAGCUCGCGCGGGCCGUGCGCGGACGGCGCGGCCGGCGUGUCCGUGUGCGCGCCCGGCGGCGCCGUGGCCUCCGUCGCGCGAUUCACACUACGAAAUUCGCAGUUAAUGAAUGGAACAUCAAUGGCCGCCCCACAUGUUGCCGGAGCAGUUGCGGCAUUGAUAUCCGGCUUGAAGGACCGAGAACUUCCAUACUCUCCGUACUCUGUAAAACGCGCAUUAGAAAACUCUGCAAUGUUCCUGCCACACGUGGAGCCCUGGGCGCAAGGUUGCGGUCUUUUGAAUAUUGAGAAGGCUUUCGACAAUCUUACUACGUACUACGACCAACCAGAAAGAGACGUGACCUUCAACAUCAAGUGCGGUCAAAAUAACGCAAAGGGCAUAUUCUUAAGGGGGAAGAUGGAUGAUAACCCCAAAGAUAUUGCCAUCACAGUCGAACCACAGUUCUUAGAAGACCAUACGGACCAAGAAAACAAGUCGGUGAUCCCCAAGCAGAUCGCGUUCAGUGUGCGACUGGCGCUGGCGUGUCGCGCCAGCUGGGUGUCGCACCCCACGCACCUGGAGCUCAUGAACGUGCCGCGCUCGUUCAGCCUACGCCUCGCUUCCUCUAUCCUGCCGCCCGGCCCGCACUGCGCCAGCGUUGACGCGUACGACGUAACCUGCAUCGAGAAGGGCCCACUGUUCCGCAUCCCGAUAACAGUGCUGCAACCGCAGCCGCUCGAAGGCGACCCGGCCGCGCCCCACAUCCAGGAAGUGAACGUGGUGUUCCGGCCGUCGAGCAUCCAGCGGCACAUCGUGGUCCCGCCGGCGGGUGCCACGUGGGGCGUGCUAAGGCUGGUGCGGCGCGGCGGCGAGGCGGCGGCGCGCUUCCUCGUGCACGCCAUGCAGCUGGCGCCGCGCCGCUCGUGCCGCGCGCACGACACGCACCGCCUGCUGGCGCUGGCGCAGCACGCGCCCGCCGUGGCGCCGUUCCGCGUGCUCGGCGGUGUAACUCUCGAAGUGGUGAUAGCGAAGUACUGGGCUAGCGUGGGAGACAUGACAGUCGACUACACAAUCGAGUUCCAUGGACUAAAGCCCGACUUCGGCUCGAGGCUCAUACUGUCUGGUGCGGCGCUGGGUUCAGUUACACUGCAGUCAUUAAGGCCGCAAGAUGUGCAGCCAACCGCCACUCUUAAACACGUGGAGCAUGUGUAUCGGCCGGCCGAGUCUAAGUUAGCGCCGCUGACGUCACGCGACGUGAUACCGCCCUCUCGACAGAUAUACCAGCUGAUCAACACAUACACCUUCCACAUACCUAAAGCUACAGAAAUAUCCCCGAUAGUACCGAUGCUAUGUGACAUGCUGUACGAGUCGGAGUUCGAGUCCCAGAUGUGGAUGUUGUACAAUAGCUGCAAGAUGCUCAUCGCAGUCGGUGACGCUUACCCUUCCAAGUACUCAGCGAAGGUAGAAAAGGGCGAGUACACGUUGCGAUUGUCGGUGAGGCAUGAGAACCGCGCGCUCCUAGAACGGUUCGCGGACCUGCCGGUGGCCGUACAGCAGCGCCUCGUGCAGCCGAUCACUCUCGACGCGUACGCGGAGCAGUCGCAGGCGUUAACUGGCGGCAAGAAGUUCACGUCGGUGUCAAUGGCAAGCGGAGACCUACUACCUCUUUAUUUUGCGCCUGUGCCUACAGACAAGGUGUCGCGGUCGAACUGCGCGGGCGCCACGCUGGUGGGCGCGGUGUCGUUCGCCAAGGACGAGCUGGGCCACAAGGCGGACUGCUACGCGCUGGCCGUGCUCGCGUGCGAGCCGCCGCGCCGCGCCCGCGAGCGCGCGCGCGACGACUACGGCGACGCGCUGCGGGACUUCUGCUGCGGCUGGCUGGCCAGGCUGGAGGGUGAGAAGCUGGAGCAGGUGUAUGAAGAGUUAUUGACCAAGUUCCCUAAUUUCCUGGGCGCUCAUGUCGCCUAUUUGAAUGCUAUAGACCCGCCUUCCGACCCCAAGAAAUUGCCCAGUAUAGACGAAGAUCCAGACGUUACGACGGCUUGGUGUGAACAAAUAAUAGCAAUAGCGGACAAGGUUAUAAAACAAAUUGACCAAGAAAAGUUACUAGCUUAUUUAGGUAUGAAGAACGAUACUCGUAGCGACGCGAGUAAAAUAAAACAGGAGCGCGAGCGCCAGAAGACCCAGCUGGUGGACGCGCUGUGCCGGCGCGGCACGGCGCUGUGCCGCCUGCGCGCGCUGGCCGCCGACGCCGCGCGCGCCUCGCUCGCGGACGCGCUGCAGCACAACAUGGCCGACCUGCUCAAGUUCACCGACCUCUCCGACGCCAAGACGCUGCAGUACGGCGUGUGGCACGCGGCCAGCCUGCAGCAGUGGGGGCGCGCGCUGCGCUGGCUGGCGCGGCUAGCGGACGAGCGCGCGGCGCGCGAGGCGGACGAGCGCGCGGCGCGCGUGGCCGCCAAGCUGGGCUGGGCCUUCCUCGAGCGGUACACGCUGGCGCAGCUGCCGCAGCGCUUCCCCGCCGCCUACCGCCCCUUCUGA